UAAAUUUUUUUCACAGAGUUUUUAGUUCAAUUCUUGCAUGUUUCUGAAUGUAUCUCAGUUUUCUUGGAACAGGGAUAUUCAGUAAAUGUUAUAUCUUUUCCAUUAGCUGUCAUCCGUGAUCUUUUUCAUUGCUCCGCUUCUGACCCACUGCUGUAAAGAAGUUAAGCUGCCUGUUGACUGCAAUCACAUCUACAAAGAGAACAACAACCAGCCGAGUGGAGUUUACACCAUUUAUCCCAGAGGACCUACAUCCCCUGUUCAGGUGUACUGUGACAUGGACUCAGAAGGAGGACGCUGGACGGUUUUCCAGAGAAGAAUGGAUGGCUCUGUGAACUUCUAUAGGCCCUGGGCAGAGUACAAAAGAGGCUUUGGAAAUGCUAAUAGCGAGUACUGGCUAGGUCUGGAUAACAUCCAUGAGCUGACCUGCCUUGAAAACCAGGAAUUAAUGGUUGACAUGGAAGACUUUGAAGGAAACAAAAAAUUUGCUCUUUACUCUUCAUUUAAAGUGGAUAAUGAGUGUGAAGGUUACCGCAUGCAAGUGUCUGGCUUUAACAAUAAGGGAGGUGCUGGAGACAGCCUUAAUGUACACAAUGGACAGAAAUUCUCCACAUUUGACAAAGAUCAGGACACCUGGGAAGAUAACUGCGCCAGAAAAUUUCUGGGAGCCUUCUGGUAUAUCAAUUGUUUGGAUGCAAACCCUAACGGGGUUUAUCGCUGGGGGGCUGAUAAUGCAGUCCAUGCUGUUGGAGUGGAAUGGGAAACUUGGAAGGGCAAUGAUUACUCCUUAAAGAGCAUAAGCAUGAAGAUACGGCCUGCCCAGUAAAACUGCAAGUGUAGCUUCACAGUUGUGAAAAUUUGAAUUAAGAAAGUAAGAACUCCAGCUUCAUAAUGCCGGUCAUAAUUUAACCAGCACAAUUCUUGUAUGUGUCCCUUCCAUAAUAAUUUAAAAGGCUGUUUGGAUUCAACACAGCAGUCCAGAGGUCAUUUUCUACUCUGAAUAGUGUUAGUUUUUACUCUAAUAAGAUAAAGGGAUAGGAACAACCAACAGGAGGUAGGAGCCACACCUGAGGUACCUGGAUUGAGCCCCUGUCUGCGUUGUGGUGAUGGAAAUCCAAUUUGGCUGAUAUCUGUACAAACUUAUUAUCUUCCAGAACCAUUAUUACCCACCUCUGCAAAAUAUAAACUGUUGCUGUUUCUUGACUUUCUCCUUUACAUGUGAAUGGGGUUUAAAAGUUAACUAGAUACAUUUUACUUUUAGCAUGAAAGCCAUUUAAUUGAGCCUUAACAUUUUUUCACUGUUUUGUUCUCAUCUAUAAUCAAUUUACCUGUUUCUUUCUGACAAUAAAUAUA